CCUAUAUAAAGGAAAGAAAAAAAAUAAUUUCUAAUACAAGUUUGGUAUUCGGAAAUCACCAAAGUUGAAAUAAAUUGAAAAUUAAUUUAACUGGCGGAUUGCAAUUUUAAACAUGAAGUCCUUAAUAUUAUUCGGGAUUUUAACUGUGAUUGCUGUAACUUCUUCUUCACUUUUGGAUAAGAUAACUGAGAAUAAGUAUUUAAGUGAAUUGAAACUUAGCCCAGAACAUAUACAGGAACUGAAAGACAAAUUAACUAUUGAUCAAUUGCAGACAAAUGAAAAGAAAUGCCCAUGUGAAAUUUUAGAUGAAUAUAAAGACAAAUUAAAAGCAAUACCUUCUGAUAUAAAAAAGAAAUAUGCGGAGUUUAUACUGAAACAUCCUAAGUAUCUGAUGCCUUCCCUUAAAUUAAAACGUAAAAUUAAAAAUAUCGGAGACAAAUUAGAAGACUGUGUUAAAAAUUUAAAAACAGACUUAAAGGAUUUAUUAUCAAAAAAAAAAAUUGAAUUGAAUGACAAACAAUUGGAUCAUCUUAAGGAUAUUCUCGGGGAGUUAGGUAAAUUAGAUCUUAACCUCGAUAAACUUGCCGAUAAAAUCAAGGAUGUAAUUAAAAAAGAUUUGGAUUUCAAGAAAGAUCUUUUAGAUAAAUCUUUAAAUUUUGUCGAUAAAGCUAAAGAUAAAGCUAAGCAAGAUAUUCAGGAUUUAAAAGAUAAAAUUGAUGAUGCAGUAGAGAAGCGUGAAAUUAGUGCUCAGAAAUUGUCAGAUUUAUUGGAUAAAAUUAAAGAUAAAACGAAAUCAACAAAGGAUUUCGUUAAAAGUUUGUACGGUUGUGCCUAUAAGAAAUUGCGUUCUGAUUCGUCUUCAUCAGAAUCAUCAGAAUCAUCAGAAAGUAGUGAAUCCAGCUCCAGUUCAUCAUCUGAAGAAAGUGAUGAAUCUAAUGCAGCUCAGCCUGGCACUCCUGAUUUGCCUUCAGACGAUAAAAAAGAAAAAAAGAAACAUCAUCAUAAGAAACCCAAGUUCAUCAGAAAACUCAUGAAGAAACUGAGCAAAGAUGCCCUUAAAUAUGACUUGGGUCUUGAUAGUAAUUUGGGCUUAGGCCUUGGGAGCGGAAAACUGGGUCUAGGAAGUAGCGCAGGACUUGGUGGAAGUUUAGGUCUUGGAAGUGGUCUAGAACUUAAUGGUAAUUUGGGUCUUGGAGGUAGCGGAGGACUUGGUAAUAAAUUGGGUCUAGGAGGUAGCGGAGGACUUGGUGGCAGUCUGGGCCUUGGAAGUAAUGGGCUUUCUGGUAAUUUAGACCUUGGAGGUGGCGGAGGACUUGGUUUGGGGCUUGGAAGUGGUGGACUUGGUGGUAAAUUAGGCCUUGGAGGUAACGGAGGACUUGGUGGCAGUCUGGGCCUUGGAAGUGGUGGACUUGGUGGUAAAUUAGGCCUUGGAGGUAACGGAGGACUUGGUGGCAGUCUGGGCCUUGGAACUGAUGGGCUUGCUUCUAAAUUAGGCCUUGGAAGUAGUGGAGGACUUGGAAGCAGUCUGGGCCUUGGAACUGAUGGGCUUGCUUCUAAAUUAGGCCUUGGAAGUAGUGGAGGACUUGCUAGCAAAUUGGGUCUUGGAAGUAGUGGAGGACUUGCUAGUAAAUUGGGUCUUGGAAGCGGUGGUACUGGAGGAUUAAGUCUCGGUAAUGGAAUAUCCCUUGGAGGAUAAAUUUUCUUGAUUUAAGAUUUCUCUUUUAUAACUGAACCAUUAAUAUUAUGUAUUUACGUCAAUUAUGAAUUUUAAUGUGUAGAAAAAUGAAUUAAUCUUCUGAAAUAAAUAAAACAGUUUAUUAGAAA